AUGGAGCAACAUGCUAUCACGACUCACUACGCGAUCUUGAUCGGCAUCAAUGCCUAUCCAGAGAGUCCUAUGAGAGGCUGCAUGCGAGACGUUCAACAAGUCAGGAAAAUCAUAGAAGAAAUGCCAAACCCUGUUCACAUACAAAUGUUCACAGCGAGCCCAGCGGAAGACUCGAAUCUUUCUCCCCUAGCCGAAAGCCCAGAGCUCUGGCCAACAUAUGAUAACGUGACAUCCAGCGUAAAGAAGAUCACUUCUUCGGCAAAGCCCGGUGAUUUUGUUUAUAUCCAUUACUCUGGUCACGGCACCACGAUCAAGGCUUCCGGCGGCUCAUCCAUUAAGUCUCCAGGAGAUCUAGCAUUAGUUCUACUCGAAGUAACGGACAGGACUAACAUGCGAUAUCUUCGAGGCUUGGAGUUGGCGUAUUUGCUGAGAGACAUGGUAGAGAAAGGCUUGACGGUGACCCUAGUUCUGGACUGCUGUUUUUCUGGAAGUGUUGUACGCAAAGAUUCCAUGGUCCGAUGUCUUAGCUAUGACCCCCAGACAGACGCGGCAUACCCCCUCGAUCCUAGUCAGAGCCUCAGCCUCGAAGCUGAAGCUAGCCGUCCCGCUUAUCGCGAUGUUUCCUUGCGCCCCAAUUGGUUGGUCAAUCCUGACGGUUAUACGAUUCUCACCGCAUGCGGGCCCACCGAGGUAGCUAAGGAACUUGUUCUCAACCAGAACGGGGAAAGGCAUGGGGUAUUAUCUUACUUCUUGCUCAGAACAUUUGCCAAACUUGGUGGCGUUGGGGGGAAACAGCAGCACAUCUAUCACCAUCUGUGUGCCAGAUUCCGGGAAACUCGCGAGAAACGCAAAAACGAGCAAAACCCAAUGUUCUAUGGGAACAAGAACCUCUGCUUCUUCGGACGAGCCACUCCGCGGAUUCGUUCAGCACCUAUUCCGAUCAUCAAGAAACCGGACGGUAGCAUUCAGCUAGAAGCUGGACAGGCACACGGCAUUUGUGACCAUGACCAAUUCUCUGUGCAUCCUUUAGGUUCUGCAAAAGAAGACUCGGUGUCGAACAGGACUCUAGUAAUUGCUACUGUCACCCAGGUCAGAGCUCUCACAUCUACUCUGAAGGUGCUCGAGACAAAAUCUGUCUAUGUGGAGACAGGGUGGAUGGCAACAGCACUCACUUAUCUCUCCUUGCGGAAAUUCCCGGUACGACUCGAGCUUGGCCUCCCACAUCCCGGUGACUGGACAGCCGCGUUGCAAGAACGAAGGUCUCUUGAUGUCUCCGACAGUAGCAAUACGAUCCUUGGACGUCCAAUCUCAUUCUAUGUGGCUAUGGACAGCGACAAUGGUUACGAAAUCCGAGACGAAACAAACCAGCCAGUUGUUCACGUACCAACGACAACAUCCCAUCAAGAUGGAAUAAAAGAGAAAGCGCAGCCCCAGUGUGAGGACAUCAUCAAGGUUUUUCUUACUAUUCGGUCGACUUCCUUUAUGUCAUUGGAGUUGCCAGAACUCGCUACAUCAUUCGAGGGGGACAGGACUACAAAAUCAAGGGGACGAGGCCAUGAUGGUUUAUCAGACGAUUGGGCUGCAUUGAAUUUCCGCAUUCGUACAAACGCUCGCUGA